CGACCCAGCUCAGUACCAAAACAAACCACCCGCGCACAACACAUGACAUUGGCCUGCCGAUUGCUGGUCCGAGUCCGAGCCCUACGUCGAGUCCUUUACCAUUCUGAGGACGUGAAUAAAUUCUUUUCAUAAUAUUUGCAGCAAAACAAGGCGUUUCCGAAGACAUAAAAAAAUGACCCGCUACCAGCGCACCACCGAGAUCCGGAAGGUUACCCCGUUCGAUCUGGAAAGUCUGACGGAAAUUUUGGAGGACGACUGGCGCACUCUGUUCUAUCUGAUUCCACGGCGAAUCGGUGAUGUGGAUCAACCACCGGGCGCCUAUCUCACCAAGUACAACGGCAACCAGGAACGAGACUUGGACAAGCACGCUUCGCAGGAACGGCGAUGCGCGCUUCAGCUUUUGGAGGAGUGGGGCAGUUCCGGUAAGUUGCAGGAUCGUCCCACGCUCGAGCAUUUGCUGAAGCUGCUGGUCAAGGGGAACAUGUUCCGGGCUGCCGAUGAGGUCGCUGUCAAUCUUUUGAAGGAGGAUCCUCCUGCAAGACCUCAGUCUGGUCCGGCGGCUAGAAUUGAUAUUGAGGGACUGCUGAACGGGGAGAUCGAACGUGGGCUCGAUCAGGUAUCCUAUCCCAACUCAACGAUCCUGCUUAAUGGGAUGGAGUCAUCGACAGUGAACAACAACUUGGAUCGAUCAGAACCCGAAAAGCGCGACGAUGUUAAAGACUUUCCGGACUUGCUGAGGAACUCAAUGCUGGACGGAACACUGUCGCAGAUUUCACUCAGCGAUAACAACGAACAAAUUGGUGAACCGGUCGUCGAUCGACCUAACAUAAGUGCCUUACUACGAUCGGAGGAGCCAGUGGCCGGUCCGUCUGGAAUGAGUCAGAUACCGGUGAUACUGCUUGGAAGUGCCAUUUCGUCAACUUCGGAUAGCGUCAGCAAUGAGAGCAGUGCAAGCUCCGUUAUGAGUCAAUCUGCGGAAGAGCCACUUUCAGCGUUGGGAACGAUCAGUGAAGAAGGUGAAUCUGGCGAAGGAGAUGAAGGGUUGCCCAACUUGUCGAUCUUUUGUGAUCGCGUGCCGGAUAAUGUUAGUUCUUCAAACGGUCUACCGGACUUUUCUGGGCUCAUGAAUGGCCCUGUUAGUUCUUCUCAUCGAUCAGAGCACGAUAGCGCCGAUAUUCCAAGGCUAUCUGUACUGGGAUCGACGCAGCAAUACUCUACCAGCUCAAACAACUCUGUCGACAUCAACUCUACUCUAGUAUCAGACCUGAUAAAAUUCUCCAUAACUGAUUCGGCAACCGCGGAACCUGUUCACUUUUCGUACCAGAACUUACAAGUGGCCACGGCUAACUUUAACGCUGAUCCUUUCACCAAUGGUGACCUGCGGAAACCAAACGGUCACUUCCUGGGAAAGGGUGGCUUCGGACAGGUCUGUCUAGCUGUCAAUUUAACCUCAAACAUAGCGGCAGCUGCCGUUAAACGGCUACUCCCAACCAACGAGAACUACCGGCAAAAGUUUGACCGAGAACGGCAGAUUCUUUCCCAGUGUCAUCAUCCGAAUAUCGUCAAGCUUUUCGGAUAUUCAGAAAAUGACCACCUCUGUCUUGUGUACGAGUAUCUUCCAGACGGCACCUUGGAACGGGCCUUAAGGGCGAACCGCGAAGGUCAAACGUUGCCCCCGACCAGCCGACUGAGCUACCUCUUGGGAAUCGCAUUGGCCAUCGAGUAUCUCCACGCCCUGCCGGAUCCGGUAAUCCACCGGGACGUAACCCCAGCAAACAUUCUCCUGCAAGGCACCACAGCCAAGCUGGCCGAUUUCGGACUGGUAAAACGCGUCGAAAGCACAACGGCCACCGUCGUGGCGGGAACGGCCGCUUAUCUUCCGGUGGAAGCGCUUCGAGGCAUCGUAACGCCGGCAUUGGACGUUUAUUCGUUUGGGGUCGUAAUGGCGGAAGUGGUUUCCGGAGAGGACGCCAUUGGCGGUGUCAGUGGGGGUAGUGCAAACGUGGAUCAGGAUGAUCUUCUGGAGCGAGUAUCGGCGCGGGAUGCGGAUUUUAUUGGGAUGGUCGACUCGAGGGUAAUUGGGGAGGAGCGCUGGGUUGAAGGAGGUCGUAGAUUGUUGGAAUUGUCGAGGAGGUGCUUGAGAGACAGAAUGAAACGACCUGGGGCAAAGGAAGUUAGGGAACUUAUCGAAGAUGUAGGUAGGAUGUUUAAUAUGAAGCAAUUUUAAUUAAGUAUCAAAUGAUAAGAAUAUAGGAGAGAAAUAUAUAUUUAACGAAAACUUUAUUUGAA